UGUAGGUUUGGUUUUUUGAAGAUUUCAGAUGAUAACAACAGAAUACUUGGUACAUAUUGUGGGAAGCAACUUAAUGGGAAGGACGUUUUGGUAACUGGAAACCGCGCAUUUAUAACAAUCGUCUCUGAUGAAAAUGAACGAUACCCGGUAUUCCAGCUCACCAUAUUGAAUUAUCAAAAUGGUAUGUUCAGAUAAAAAGGGAGUCUUUUAUAAAAAGGAAAUAAAAUAAAAUAAAGUAUGUAUUAACUAAGUUGCCUUUCAGGUUAGAUGUCAAAGUUGAUGCACCUCACCUUCACCUCUAAUAGAAGUUAAAGUGAGGUGCGCAUUUUUUUGAAGCUGGCUCGAAUUUGCAUCAUUUUAUCGACAAGCUUUACUUUUAUUGCUUGAAAAAACAUGCAUUUUCACUCAAAAACGCCUUGACCACCCUACUUCUUCUGACGUCAUAUCUCGUAACCAUAGUAACUUGCCAUCACUAGACUUGUCUUAAAGUGCGCGCGAGGGAUAAACAAACAGCUACUGAAAACGUCAUGACUCUACCUCCCCCCCGUACGUCUCAGGGUUUAGAGGCUGCUCGCUGUAGAAUCGACCACUUGAUUGGGUAUGAAAUUUCGACUCCUUUUAAAAUACUAACGAGAUUUGCCUUACUGUCAGGCAUGCCGAACAGGAUGGCUGUUUAGUUUAUUACGUCACCUAACAAAAAAGCAAAGAACGUAGAAAAAAGAAAAUUGACUAUUAAGUUCUCUAUUGAUUAAGAAAUCUUCAUUUGAUCUGUAAAAUUACAAUCUGAUUUUGUAGGGUGUGGUUCUGUGAUAAACAAUACCUUGACAAGUCCUGGAUUUCCAACACAAUACCCAAAUAACAUGCACUGUGUGUACAACGUUUCCAUUCCACCCGGAAAGGCACUGAACAUCAGUUUUCCAACUUUUAUCAUGCAGUCACAUUCUACAUGCGGGUAA